GGAAGUACUAAAAAACGUCGCCAGUCGCGAGCUGAAAGAAAACGACCAAAUGCACCGCCAACAUUUUCAAGCUAACAAACAUUGCUCUGUCCAGUAAAGCCGCGUUCAAACACCUCUCAAAGCUGGGUUGUGUAACUUUCCCAAAUGGAGAUGGAUGAGGAGCUGGACAACUUCCUCAGGGAACGCAAGGCAAGAGUGGCCGAGGACAAAGCCAUUUUACAACAAGACCCUCCAUAUAUGGAAAUAAAGGCAAAACCCUACAGAGCUUAUGGGUCCACGGUGAAGGAGAACAUCCCUCCCAAGUCUACAGCACAAGGAAAAGAGGACAGUUGCAGUGUGGGCCUCCCUCUCGGCGUGGAGUACGAGAGGAAGAAGCAGCGGCUGCAGCAUGAGCUCCGUAUGGACUACAGGCGCUACAUGGCUCAGAAGAAACACUUGGACUACCUAGAGCCUGGACCUUUAAGCCAUCUUGAUAACAGGAAGUCUGUUAAGCCACUUGAGGACCAGACGGAUGUUUUUCCCAGACAACCUCGGCAGAAAGACGCUGCUACUCUAACAGAAGGCUGGAACAGGGCUCUGGUUAAGUCCCCCAGCCCCGAGGAGGACGAGGGCCAGUCCUCGGUGCUUCCGAGGCAUCGCGAGAGGCUGGGGAUUCAAGUGGACCAUGAGUCCGGGGAGGAGGAAUACUUCAAAGAUGAUCUGCAGCUGAUGGAAGGCAGGAGGCACAGACAUAUUGAGGGCAGUUAUGACAAGAGGAGAUCCACGAGGACUGCCAGCAGCAGCAGGGACAAGAGGGAGACUCCUGUCGGUGUUGCCAGAGAAGGAAGGAGAUUAAGAGCAGUGACCAAACAGGAGGAUGCUGAGUUUGCUACUGGCCUUAUAAUAGGAGCAGCUGAUACAGAGGAGGCCCUUAAGAAGAGGAAGGAGCACUACAGGCAGGAGUUACAAGAACAGAUAGCAGAACAGCUACGCAACAAAAAGAGGGAAAAAGACUUGGAGUUGAAAGUUGCAGCAACGGGAGCAAAUGACCCUGAGAAACAGCCGGACCGAAUCAGGCAGUUUGGACUGAGCAGGAGAAAAGAUCCUCACAUUUUGGAGCCUUUAGCAACGGGAGAGAGUAGCUCGUCAUCUAGAGCUCUGCCCAGUAACGAGAAGAUGAGUGCCAGAGAAAGAGACGUGCCUCCCCCUGAGCAACCCCACGUGGCCUUCCAGUCCCCUCUGCUGGAGUACAGCUCCGCCCUGGGCCUAGCAGGAGGUGGGCUGUCCCCCAACCAGCCUCCUGUCCCGUCCUUCCCCAGUGCCAUGGACAUUCACAGAAAUCCAUUGUUUCCUCCUCACCCUCCUUCUUCACUAAGUGAAGCAUACAGAUCCCCGUACGGAGAACCUCACCACUACUACGGCAACAGAAACCAGCUGGAGCCAAACAUGGCCUUCUAUGGUCAUGGUGCUGGUCUCCCCAUGUCUUACUGGAAUGUACCACCGGGGGGAGCUGUUCCCAGCCAGUUUGGUAAUCACAGCCCUCACAGCCACCACAGUGGAAGCAGCUUUCCUGAGCCUCCAAUACAACCCCGCAAUGAGAACGCCUCUGUGGACUCACAGGUCAGAGGCUUCGUUUUAGAGAAACCUAGAUUGACCAGGCAACGGAUUCUGAGUUACAGAGAGGCUCUUCAGCAACAGAUCCAGGAGCAACAGGAACGGAGGCGUCUGGAGAGGGAGGAGAAGGAGCGUUACGAGGCCCAGCUGGAGGCUGACAUGAAGAACCACCAGCCCUGGGGCAGAGGUGGAGGAGGAGCUCCGCUGAGGGACAGCACUGGAAAUCUCAUUGCUGACCUCAACCAGAUGCACAAGCUGAAUGAGGAGGCCUACAGCAACCCAGAGCAGUGGCAGAGGAGAGCCACGGCUGCAGUGACGUCCCACCGGGCAGAGCUCCCUGACCCCAAUGAGAGGGUCUCUGGUACUGUAGCAGAGCGCAGCAUCCAUGACACUAGUGACAGGCUCUCUGGAUUCACCCAUGUCCAGACCUCGCAGUUUGCCAGAGGCAAAGUGUUUCCCAGCCAACCCACAGAGCAACAGAUCCACGAGCAGGACAGUUACAAAGCUUACCUCAAACAGCAGAUUGAUGAAAAAAUGCGUAAAAAGGCAGAGGAGAGGGAAAGAACCAGGCUGGAGGAGGAGAAAGAGGAGAAGAGGCUGGCGGAGCAGAGGGCCCGCAUCCAGAGGGAGUACGAGGAGGAGCAAGAGAAGAAGAAACGAAAGGAAAUGGAGCAAAAAGCCAAGAAUGAAGAGCUGAUUCAGCUGGCUGAACAGAGGAAGAGGGAAGCUGAGAGGAAGAAGAAGGAACUGGAGGAGAAGGAGAAUGCAGCACUGAGGAGACAGUAUGAGAGAGAGAGGCAGGCUCGGGUGGAGGAGGUCCGCAGGGAGCCCUCGCCUCCCAUCCCCACUCACCAGAAGAAACAUGGGCGACACCAGUACACCCCCAGACCUCCGACUGUUGACAGCCAGCCCUCUACAGCCCUCCUCUCUGAACGCUCUCUGUCUGGUCUCCAGUCUCCUCCUGUACCUGCCCGUAGGAACCAGCUACGAGCUGCAGGAGACCACCGUGACGUCUUCAAUGAGCUGUCAGCGUUGCGUCGGCAGCUUCGCAGUGAACAAAAACGUCUGGAGGGUCAUCUGCAGCACGGCGACUGGGAGGAGUCAGACUCUCCUCUGAGUAACAGACACCAGGAGCGUCCGAUGGUGGACGUGUUUGACAUGGCCAGGCUGCGUCUCCAGGCUCCGGUCCGACGGCCGAGCUCCAGAAACACGGAGCCCAGGAACCUGCUUCGAAUCCACGACUCCCUUCAGCUCAAAUACCCAGGAGGUGAGUCGAGGCUGGGUUCCAGUGAUGAUCCUAAAAUAGAGGAAGUAGCUGCGGGGAGUCGGAGGAGACGCGACUACAGGGAUCCAUAUCACCAGUUCAGCAGCCAGAGGUCAACAGUCCAGGAUGAUUAUUUUGACUUGCCUCCGCCACAGCAAAAUGAUUACCUGAGAAGUGUGAUCGGAGGAUCCACGAGAGGUUCUCUGCUGGAGUCAGAGAGCGCUUUCAUUGACCCCCUCGGCGAAGUCUCUCCAGUGCCUCACACCCCAGAACAGGAGAAAACCCGUCAGCCGUCGGCCAGGGAGAGGAGGAGGAUGGCCAAGCAGUCACAUCGCCCUCAGGACCGAGCUGCCUCCAUCCAGCCCGCUGGCCACCGUGACGACUACUCCGCCCACUCAGGUAACAGGCUGCGGCGCGACGCAGAGCUCGGCGGCGGCGACUGGAGCAGCCGGACCAGGACGGACCGGCAGAUGGGUCUCAGUCGUCGUGGCAACACAGCAGGGCCAUUGGAUCUGUCUGACGACGACUCCUCCACUCCCCAGUUCUCUCCUCACAACCUCAACCACCAGAGCUCGUUAGAAACCGUCGUCACAGACCCGUGGAUGCGACCGGGAACGUCGGACACGCUGAAAUGUUUGGACCGUCCGCUGAGGAGGGAGCGCUUGAUAACGUAGAACUUUGGAGGUGCCUUUUGCUUUGAGUGGCUCCGUGUCUGGUUUUAAGUCCGGCUUAUAUGAUGGAUGAAUGGAUAUGUAUGAAGGCUAACUUUAAUCAGUGUUUACAUCUAAGAACCUCGUCCCACAGUGGGAGCGUACAUUUAUUAUUUUAUUGACUAAAUUAUGUUUUAAAUAAAUUAUAUUUUAAAUAUA